AGCAGGAAGGUGAUCUCCAAAAUUUCUGGCUGGAACGAAAACUUGUGGGUUGUUGAAUGAAGCCGCAUAAAGAUAGAUUUCCUUCAGUACACGCUGGAUUUGACCUAUAGGUUUUGUAUGACUUGCAACAACAAGAGAGCAGUUCAUAUGAGAACGUUGAUCGUUGACAGAAAGUAAUACUAGUAACGCUCUGUGGGUGGAUAUCUCAACCAGCAAAAACAACCUCCAAAAGACCCCAUGCAUCAACGCAGUAAUCAAGUUUGACACUGUUGGAGAAUGUCUCGCAUAUUGAGUUAAGAAACAUUCUGAAGUCAUUGCAGCAGAAGUUUUUCAUGCAAGUUUUCGGUGAGAUUUUGCAACGUUACUGUCUUUUUUGACAUGGAACUUAAUCAAAACGAUCGUAGAGGGGAAUAUCGUUUGCCAUGUGACGACCAUGACAGGAAAAAGAGGGGCAGGGUUUUCAUUUCAAAGAAGCAAAUGGUAUGCUUUGUCAUAACGGUAGUUGUUCUAGCGAUUAUUUCGGCAGUGAUAGGCACAGUCGUAUCUCUGAAUAGAGAGUCAGCAAUCACUGAGAGUGAACAAUUUCACGCUUCGAAUCGCACGAGAAAAACGACUGGUGCAAGCACGCACACGGAUGAACUAUGGAAGAAUUAUCGUUUGCCACGAAGGAUUCUGCCCGAGCAUUAUUGGCUGACACUAAGAAUAAAUAUGUCAAGUGACAUUUUUCACGGCAAAGUCGCAAUUUUAAUUCGGGUUUAUGAAAACACAAAUACCAUCAUAUUACACACUGAUCCAGAAAACAUGCAGUACAGCAAGAUUCAGUUGCAAACCAUGUCGAAGUCGCCAGUAAGUGUCAUAAGCACACGCAGUUAUGGAGAAUAUCUUAUUAUAGAGGCAGAAAAAGAACUAACGACUGGACAAUCAUACAUUUUGACUAUUUUAUUCAGUGCACCGUUCGGAACUUAUCCAACUAAUGGACUUUACAAGCUGGGAAACGAAAUGAUUUAUGAUUCAGAGAAGCAAGAAUGGAUAGAGCAGAAAGAUAUGGCUCUAACAAUGCUAUUCCCCGUUCAUGCACGUAGAAACUUUCCCUGUUUUGACGAGCCAAACAUGAAAGCGAAGUUCUCGCUUAUACUGUUAUACAAUCGAGGCUACAAAUCUCUUGCAAACAUGCCCCUGCAAGUGCGCCGUGUAUCUUCAAGCAUGAACAUCGAUCAGUUCCACACAACUCCUAAAAUGCCAACGUACCUUCUUAAUUACGUCAUUUUUGAUUACACUUGGACAUCCGCCACCAAAGGGGACGGAAAAAAAAUUCGACUUUGGUCUCCAAAGAAAAAAUGGCGCAGGAGGUAUUUGGCAUUAACUGUGGCAAACAAAACACUAGAGCGCUUUGAAGCAUUCUUCGAUAUGAAGUAUCCUUUACCAAAGCUAGAUAUGAUAACUGCCCCUUCGUACACGUACAAAGCGAUGGAGCACUGGGGUUUGAUAAAUUACAUCGAAGAUGAUGUUCUUUUCCGUGAAACUGCACCCCAAGAGGACAUGAUUGCGAGACAGAGUGUAGCCUUAUUGGUAGCACACGAGCUUGCACAUCAGUGGGUUGGGAAUACGGUCACUAUCAAAUGGUGGGACGACCUUGUUAUUCAAGAAGGGGUUGCAGAAUACCUCCAGUAUUUGGGGGCAGCAGCAGCUUUGCCUUCAUAUCAAAUUAUGGAACAAUUCUACAACAUUGAUCUUCGCGAUGCUAUGGCCGACGAUGCGCUCAGAACAGCCGCGUGCAUUGCUAAAAAAGUGACGUCAAGCCAGGAUGCGGAGCACAGUGUAACCUCAUUGGUUUACGCGAAAGGAGCUUCAAUUGUGCGAAUGUUGCAUCAUUACAUAGGAGAUGAGGCUUUUCAAAGCGGCAUGAGGUUGUACCUUAAAAAAUACGCAUAUAAAAAUGUGGACCGAAAAGACUUCUGGGACUCGUUCAGUCAAACGAGUAAUAUCGACGUUUCAUCAGUAAUGGAAGGGUGGGCCCUUCAACCUGGUUUUCCCAUCAUCACUGCCUCAGAUAUUGCUGAUGGAAAAGUAUCUCUUUUUCAGCAACGAUUUAUCAAAGGAAAAAGAAUACCAGGGGAAUGGAGAAAUACGACAUGGCGAGUUCCUAUUACCUACGUCACAUCAAAAGAUCCAAAGGAAGUGCGACGGUAUAUUUUGAAUUCACAGAACUCUACAAUGAGUGCAGACGGGAAAUGGUUGAAAAUAAACGUUAAUGCUGGUGGUUACUACAUCGUGAAUUACGGUAUUGAAAACUGGCUUGCGUUAAUAGAGCAACUGAAAGAGAACCAUACAGUAUUCAGUGCUUUGGACAGGGCUAGCAUUAUCAAAGACGCAUUCACAUUGGUGGAUGAAAGGCUCCUUCCCACGAAGGUAGCCCUGGGCCUGACCACGUACCUCCACAAGGAGAUGGACUGGAUUCCAUGGGAAUAUGCCAAGCAAUACCUUGCUGAAAUGAUUGUCAUCCUUCCAACACGAUCUAAGCUCAGAAAGGAACUGACAACGUAUUUUUGGAAUAUCUCGAAGCCGGUAUUCGAAGUUAUCGGAUGGGAAGAGAAGUACACGUUAGGUGAAAGAUUAUUGCAAGGGACGAUGGUUAGUGCCGCUUUGAAUGCUGGGGAUGCAAAUGCGACUACUGUCAGCGAGAAAAUAUUUCGGGACUGGAUCAAUAAUAACACCCACAUACCAGACAACAUACUACAAACGGUAAUGCAUUAUGGCGUCACCAAAGGGACCAUAGAAGACUGGGCAGUAGUGUUUCGCAGAAAAGGCUUUGAAAGAAGAAAACACAGACAGGCAGCUCUUUUGAAUGCACUCGGGGCCAGUAGAAAUACAUGGGCAUUGAACAGGUUACUCGAACUGUCAACCAUGACACGUCAUAUUUCGGUGACAAAGUCAAUAAAUGCAGUUGCUGAUGGAAGUAGGCUAGGUCGCUCUGUCGCUUGGAACUUCAUCAAAAUGAACUGGAAGCAACUGCCGUUUUCGACCAGCGCCGAAUAUGCCGUGAAAUCGUACGUGGUGCACGUGGUUGAAAAAUUUUCAGACACUUAUCAUUACAACGAUGUGUAUAGAUUUUUAAGAAAUGUAUUUGCAACGGAGGAGCUACCGGAAUCUGCGAUGGAGAUACUAGCAAAAAUAAGAAGGAAUAUUUUGUGGGUGAAAACACGUUCCUCUGAAGUUGAGGAUUGGCUUGAAAGCAAUACAGUAUAAAAUGUUUCUUCGCUACCUUAAAUUUUCAAAAUUGUUUAACGAAAACAAAACAAACUUUACUUUAGCUGUCCUUUUUCAAAUUUCAAUCGUUUGGUAAGCAUUUUAGUUUAAUUAAUAAAAAUUUGCAAUUAAGUUAAAGAAAGCUUUGAAAGGUUUGUCAUCCUUGUCAAAUCAUGAUAUUUCCAUAUUAUAAAUCUCCUGUAUUCUGUUAAUUUUCAUUCUUCUGUUCUAUGUUCAUUUUUUAUAUCAAUGAGCCUUGGCUAAAGGUUCUUGUCAAAAAACGUCAAUAAUGGUCUAGCGUUAAUGACAGAAAGCGAGCAGAAUAUUGACAGAUGCUUAUGCUUAAGCCUGGUCGGUAAUAUGGCUAGAGGGUCAGGUUUGAGAUAGUACAGUAGAUUUUUCAUUUUCAAGAUUAAUUGAAAAUCUUCCCAUUGCUUCCCAAUAAUUUUAAACUUUUUCACUUUAUUUAACAGUCAAUAUUUUUCGUUUUAAUUGUUAAACGCAUUGUUCAUUAAUGUUCCUAUAUCAACGAGCUCUAGAGAUGGAAAUAAAUUUUAUUG